AUGCCGAAUGACGGCGACGAUCUAACGGCGCUCAAGCGUCGACGCUCUACGUUGGUAGGAUCGUGCACGCGCAUACGUACUUUCGUGGACGCAGUCGAGUCAAUUACACCGUUUACACUAGCUCAACUCGAGGAGCGCAAAAAUAAAAUAGACGGUUUCUGGGCAGAAUACGACGUCGUGCAAAUUAAGCUGGAGUUAUUGGACAUUGCGGAAGCGGAUCAUCGCAUUUCGUUCGAGGAUUCCUAUUAUACGAUAUCGGCCAAGUUGCGCGAGUUAAUGAAUCCCCCGAUUGUACCACGUUCUCAGUUCGCACCGUCCACCUCGAACGCCUCCAACACAGUGGAACAUUUCAAUCAUAUAAAAUUACCCAAGUUAGAUCUCCCAAAAUUUAUGGGAAAAUACGACGAAUGGUUUCCGUUCUUCGACACAUUUAAUUCUCUCAUUCAUGUAAACGCGGCGUUAAGCAAUAUUCAGAAGUUGCAAUAUUUGAGAGCAUCCGUCAUCGGCGACGCGAGCAAAAUAAUUUGUGCGCUAGAAAUUUCCAAGGCGAAUUACGAGGUAGCGUGGAAUUUAUUAAAACAGCGCUACGACAAUAAGCGAGUCAUUGUUCAAAGUCAUGUCAAGGCCAUAAUGGAUUUGCCAUCCAUGGUCAAGGAAAACAUUGUCGAAUUGCGGCAAAUCGCGGACGGUGCAACUAGACACAUUCACGCCCUUCAGGCUUUAACGCGUCCUACGUCUCACUGGGACGACAUAUUGGUCCACGUUUUGAGCAGCAAACUCGACGCGCUUACGUCACGGGAAUGGCAACUAUCAUUAACGGGCUCCGAGUUGCCCACUUUCAAACAGUUCAUCGAUUUCGUCGCGCAUCGAUGUCAGACUUUGGAAACGAGCUCCAAAUCAAAUGCCCCCUCAAAAAAUGCAAACGCUUUGGCGCAAUCUAACGCGAGGCGCCAUUCGUGUGUUGCAACGCUAAAAACAAAAUGCGGUUUUUGCAAGGGAGAGCACCUCAUAUAUUACUGCCAAGAUUUUCUAGCAUUGCCGGUUUCUCAAAGAAUCUCGGAAAUCCGGAAAAGAAAGCUUUGCACUAACUGCCUGCGAUCUACAGAGCAUGCGUCCAGCAAAUGCUCAUCAGGCGGCUGUAAAAUUUGCAAAUUAAAACAUAAUUCAUUGCUUCAUCUUGCGACCGUCGCGACGGCAAAAUCCGUUACUCCGGGAUCCGAAGAUGAAGCCAGGGAAGGGGUUCCGACGAGUUCUCCGGCAGCGCUUGUUUCACACCGCUUGAACUCCUUCGAUAACAAGCAUGUUAUGUUGUCAACCGCUGUCGUUUAUGCGUACGAUAGUCAAGGUUCACAAAAAUGUUGCCGCGUGUUGUUAGACAGCGGCUCUCAAGCAAAUUUCAUCUCGCAACGAUUCCUGACAGUGCUCGGCCUCAAAGCGCGUUCUCUCGAUAUUUCGAUUUCGGGAAUCAAUAAAACAGCGACGAGAUCAUUUGGGGCAGCAGAGGUCAAACUGCAAUCGCGAACAAAUCCCUUCAGCAUUUUGGUGGAUUGUGUCGUCACUGAUCAUGUGACUGACAAAAUUCCAGCAAUCACAUUAAAGCGAAGCGCAUUCGAAUUUCCUCAGAAUCUCAAAUUAGCCGACCCCCAAUUUAAUGUGUCGGCGGAGAUCGAUGUUUUGAUUGGCGCCGAGCAUUUCUGGAACCUGCUCUGUGUGGGACAGGUAAAAUCUUCUCCAAUGCAUCCAACCUUGCACAAGACGCGAUUCGGAUGGAUUUUGGCAGGUCAAUUGAACGCCUCACCGAAUUCAUCACGUAAGGCGCAAUCCUUUCACGCAUUGAUAACAAACACGCAAUUGCAUAAUCAACUAACGCGUUUUUGGCAGGUAGAGGAUGUCUCUGAAAUUUCAAACAAAUAUUCCGAGGAGGAGUCUCUAUGCGAGCAACAUUUUUUGCAAAACGUGUCGCGAGAUAGGCAGGGCAGAUUUAUCGUCAAGCUCCCGUUCAAGGAGCGGGCAUUUGACCGUCUUGGAGAUUCGAGGGACAUCGCUCUGAAGCGAUUUCGUAAUCUAGAAAAACGAUUCCUUCGUGAUCCCAAAUUAAAGAGUCAAUAUUCUCAGUUCAUAAACGAGUAUCUGGCAUUAGGCCACAUGAAGCUAAUUGACGAGCAGUGCGACGAUGGCGCGGAAUCAUUCUAUUUACCCCACCAUUGCGUUUUCAAGCAUACAGCAGGUUCAAGCAAAAUACGGGUAGUCUUCGAGGCCUCGAGUAAAGGCUCGACAGGGGUGUCAUUGAACGACACGCUCAUGGUAGGCCCAACGGUACAGCAGGACUUAUUUUCGAUUCUUCUGCGAUUCCGUACCUUCCGCUUCGUCCUGGCGGCGGAUAUUAUUAAAAUGUACCGCCAAAUCAUGGUGCACCCUUCACAAACGCGCUAUCAACGCAUUCUUUGGCGAGACAAUCCUACUUCCGAAAUUAAAACGUAUGAACUCAUCAUUGUGACAUACGGCACAUCGUCCGCCUCGUAUUUAGCCACGAGAUGCCUCAAAUGGCUAGCUGAACAUUACGCCAACGACUUUCCCAUAGGUUCCAUGUGUGUAGGACGGGACUUUUAUGUGGAUGACGUUCUAACUGGAGCAGAUACAAUUAGCGAGGCAAAAAUGCUGCGAGAGCAAACAAUUCAGUUAUUGCGUUUAGGAGCCUUCGAGCUCAGCAAAUGGGCAUCUAAUUGUCCGGGCCUGUUAGCGGAUACUAACGCCCAAAACGAUAGUGUCUUCACGAUUGACACCGGCAUGGACUCAUCCAUAUUAGGAGUCCAUUGGAAUCAAUUUCAAGAUACCUUCCAUUUCUCAUACAAACCUGACGACAACCAAUCAGCCGUAUCUAAGCGAGUCAUUCUAUCCGAGGUCUCCAGACUCUUCGAUCUACUCGGGUUAUUGGGUCCUAUCAUCGUGCUAGCUAAAUUGAUUUUGCAAGAGCUCUGGCAAUUGGGCAUCCACUGGGACGAAUCUGUCCCGCAGAAUCUUCAUUCGCGCUGGUUGAAAUUCAAUUCACAAUUAUCUAGCAUCAAUCAAAUUUGCAUCCCACGUUGCGUCAAGCUCGACACAAAUCCGCAAUCAAUACAAAUUCACGGGUUUUGUGACGCGAGCGAAAAGGCCUAUGGAGCGGCAAUAUACUUGCGAACCAAGCUAGAAAACGAUGUAUAUCACACCGAAUUGUUAUGCUCUAAAUCUCGUGUCGCGCCCCUGAAGGCCGUUUCCCUACCGCGCCUUGAACUGUUGGCGGCGGUAUUGUUAGCCAGGCUAGUAAAAAAGGUCGAUACAGCAUUCAGCCUCUCUGAUGUACAAACCUUCUUAUGGUCGGACUCCACAAUAGUCCUGAAUUGGAUAGUCUCGCCAUCGCGAAAAUGGUCUACUUUCGUAGCCAACCGAAUCAGCGAGAUUCAAGGGGCUACGAAUCCCAGCAGUUGGCGCCACAUUAGGUCACCGGAAAAUCCUGCUGACAUUCUAUCACGCGGUCUCGACCCGCAAGAGUUAACAAGCUCGUCGUUGUGGUGGCACGGACCCGCAUUUCUCAAACUGGGCGAAGAAUCUUGGCCCAAGUCCGAUUUCGCACGCGCACCAGAAGACAUGCCAGAGCAAAAAAGGUGUACCACGGCUAUUGCCGUCAUCGAGCAUUCAAUCGUCAACGAAUUAUUAAACAAAUUUUCAAACCUUAAUAAGGCAUGUCGCGUACUCGCAUACUGUUUGAGAAUUACGAGGUCAUUCCGCCCAGCCGCACCUACUAUUUUCAUAUCUCAUCACGAGGCGUCAACCGCCCUAGAGGUCAUGUGUAAAUCCGUGAAAGAACAAGUCUUUUCAGAUGAAUACAAGGCCUUAUUAAAAGGUCAAACCAUUAACCCGGCCAGUCGCAUAUUGUCCCUCUCACCCUUCGUGAACAAGGACAAGAUAAUCCGCGUGGGCGGUAGGUUAGGCAAUUCUAAUCUAAGUUCUGAUAUGCGUCACCCUAUUCUAUUGCCACAAAAUCACAUUCUCACUCAAAGAAUUAUAGAACGGGAACACGUGCGUAAUGCACACGCUGGCGCGCAGGCCAAGAUGGCCGCAGUAAGGCAGCGCUUCUGGCCAAUAUCUCUUCGAUCGGUUACGCGAAAAAUAUUAAAAAACUGCGUGACGUGUUUCAAGAUGAAGCCGGUGCCUUCGGAAGCAAUCAUGGGCUCAUUGCCCGCCGGGCGCGUAAAUAUCUCAAACCCAUUCGCGCAUUGUGGCGUCGAUUAUGCCGGCCCCUUUGUGAUUCGAGAAUCUAAGCGACGCAAUGCUGGAAAUCACAAGGCAUAUUUAUCAAUUUUUGUAUGCUUUGCGACAAAGGGAGUGCAUUUGGAGCUCGUUUCCGACCUCACAUCAGAUUCCUUUAUUGCCGCACUCAAGCGUUUUGUGGCACGUAGGGGUAAACCGGUCUGCAUAUAUUCCGAUAACGGAACGACGUUUGUCGGAGCUCAAAGGCAACUUAAAGAAUUUUUCGACCUCUUGUCUCAAGAUCAAACCCAAGCUAACAUCAAUCAUUUCCUGCGUGAUCACGAAACUGCGUGGAAAUUCAUUCCACCUAACGCGCCGCAUUUUGGCGGACUUUGGGAGGCCGCAGUAAAAUCGGCGAAGCACCACUUAUACCGAAUAGCCGGAAAGUCGCCUUUGACCUUCGAAGAGCUUCAAACAAUAUUCUGCGAAAUAGAAGCGAUCUUAAACUCACGUCCUCUAACUCCACUAAGCGACGAUCCCAACGACCUGUCGUAUUUGAGCCCAGGUCAUUUUUUGGUUGGCACGGCCUUGAAUAGUUUUCCUUACACUGAUGUUACUGAUGUAAGCGAGAAUAGACUGGUCCGUUGGCAGCGUGUCGAACAAAUCAGACAGCAUUUUUGGCGCAGGUGGAGCCAAGAAUACUUGCAUACCUUACAGGAGCGCACGAAGUGGAAGAUCAACAAGGGCGAACGAUUAAGGCCUAAACAGAUGGUCCUGCUCAAAUCACAGGGAUUGGCCCCCCUACAAUGGUCAAUCGGUCGAGUGGAGGAGGUUCAUCCCGGACCAGACAACAUCGUUCGAACUGCCACUGUCCGUACAGCGCGGGGUCUGUUUACCAGGCCAUUGUCAAAAAUUGCUAUCCUACCCAUUGAGGAAUAG